AUGAAUCAGCUCCCUAAUGUGCAAUUUCGAGGAGUUACUUUUGGCUUCGAACAAGAUAAUCUGCUAACCAGAAGAGAAGAAGUUUAUGUUGUUGCAUGUGAUUCCACCUUUUCAUUGAGUGGGGGUGUUGGACAAGUGCUUUACAGGACAUGCGGCGCUCCAUUUAAGGUAUCUUUAGAUUUUUUCUUUGUUUUUUUAGAUGAUUAGCUUAGAUUGAACUUAUUUUUGUUUGAUUUAGGCGUUGGUAGACUCGGAAGCGUCAAAUCAUGGACCCGUAACCGACCCAACCGUUAUAUCCGUCCCUGCUCCUGCUCAAUUAUAUUGUAAUUAUGUCAUACUUGCAUCGUUAAGGAGGCAUUUCAAAUCAAAAAUGGAUCAGGUUUUUUCCAAGAUUAUUCUUCGUGCAAUUUCCCUACAAGCUAGCAGUCUUGUAAUGCCUCCUAUCGGCACUGGAGGGUUUAGAUUGCCGAUUUCUGAGUGUGCGUCCGCAUUGAGGAAGGCUUUGGAAGGGAUUCAUGACUUUGGAGCACUUAAUGUAAGUUUUUUGUAUUGUUCUUAUUAUCUUGUGUUUAGAAUAUUGUAAUAGUGGACAGAUCCCUUCAUCUAAUCGAUCAUAUUCGCAAUGGUCUUGUUCAAAUGGCUGUGGAGGAGUUGCUUAGCCAAAGCGAAGAAGUUGAUGUUGAUAUUCCUGUUGCUUCUCCUUCUUCCUCAAAUUCGAUUACCCAGUCCUCAAAUCAAACUUCAAAUGCGACCGCUAGCUCACAAAUUGAUAUGACUUCUCCAUUUUCGAUGUUUUACACUUAUCAAACUCAAGAACAACUAAGUGAGAUGAGAGAGAAGAGAUUGGCCGAGAUUAAUGAGUCUCCCAACUCCCAAAACGAGGAUAUAAUUGAAGGAUGCCCUAUUUGUUUAUUGGAUAUGUGUGAUGGAGAUCCUUCGAAUGUCGGAAGACCAAAUGGAGUUGUGAAAUUGAAUAGAUGUCCUCAUUAUUUCCACAGGAAUUGCAUUAUUGUACGUUAGGGAACCAAUUUUUUAGAGAAUUUUUUUAGCAAUGGUUCUCCACUAAACCUCAAUGUCCUGCUUGUAAUACAUGGUAUAUGUUAACGCAUGGGAAUCAGCCAGCCGAUGGUCGAAUGACAGUCGAAACGAUCAGCAGAGGACGUUUGGAGGGGAUGAGCAAUGUGAGAGGAUACAUUCGGAUCAAGUAUUACUUCCCGGAUGGAGUGCAAAGUGUAAGUUCGCCAUAAAAUCCAGAGGACUUGGGUUCAAUUCUUACCCCAAUACAAGACAAUUGUCUUUGCAUUCAAAAAUUUCAAAAAAAUUGAUCUCAACAUUGUUGAAACAACGCAUUUUAUCUUAGAACGUCCAUCCCCGUCCCGGAGUACCGUAUCAUGGUAUUAGUCGGACUUGUUACCUCCCAAACACAGACGAGGGCCAUGAAAUUGCCGAACUUCUUCAAUUGGCUUUCGAUCGACGUCUUGUAUUUACUGUUGGAGAUUCGGUUACAACUGGACAGAGGAAUAUUGUUACCUGGAAUGGAGUUCAUCACAAGACCAGCAGAUCUGGAGGACCAACAAAGUAGGUGGAUGUAAUCGUUUUGUUAAAUUUUCGUGGUUAUUUGUUAUUCAAUUUACUUCAGCUUUGGUUACCCUGAUCCCACUUAUCUGGACCGUGUUCGUCGUGAAUUGGCCGCUAUUGGAAUCACGGAGGAAAUUUUGGAACAACAGAAUGUUCUGGAUGGCUCCUUCUAA